AUGAUUAUCCCCGCUGAACAGUUGAGCAACCAGUCCUUCGACUACAUCAUCGUUGGCAAGUGUGUCGCCUGCACCGCUGGUCUUACGCUUGCCGCCCGCCUAGCCGAAGAGCCUAAUGUGAAGGUCCUCGUCUUGGAAGCCGGUCAGGCAAACAUCGACGAUCCCCAGCUGCUGCGCCCGGCUAUCUACGGUGUCCAUCUCGGAAAUGACUCCUACUCUUGGGACCACAAGACGAUCAAGCAAAAGCACGUCGAUGGCAGGGAAUCUAGCUGGCAUCGCGGCAAGGGUCUUGGUGGGUCUUCCAGCAUCAAUUUCCUGUGCUACACCAAGCCCCGGCUCGCGACAUCGAUGGGAUUUACAGACUUUGAGCGCCUUGGGAACCUUGGUUGGAACUGGAAGAAUCUCGAGCAGUACUUCCAGCGCUUCGAAGGAUUCUCCGAGCCGACAGAAGAAUACAAGAAGCGAACUGGCGUUAAGACAGAGACUUGGAACGUUGGUCGACAAGGUCCGCUCAAGAUUUCCUUCCCCGCGUCCAUCUCCGAAGCCGAAGUCAGGAUACAACAGGCCUUCCUGAACAAUAAUCUGCCGCCCCAAGGGUGUCACUUCCUUCCGAACAACUAUGAUCCCCAGAACCACAAGCGGACUUACGCUACGAACGCUUUCUACCUUCCGUACAAGGAUCGCCCGAACUACAAAGUUGCAGUCGGGGCCCAUGUCAACCGUGUACUGACGGAAAACACUCGCAAUAGCUCGUGGUCUGCUACCGGCGUUGAGUUCUUCGACGAAGCAAGUGGCAAGGUCCGGACUGUGAACGCGACGAAGGAGGUGAUCCUCAGCGCGGGUACUCUAAAGACGCCGCAGCUGCUGGAGCUUUCAGGUUUCGGCAGGAAGGAUGUGCUUGAGAAGAUUGACGUCCCAUUGAAGGUUGAGCUCCCUGGUGUCGGAGAGAACGUCCAGGAUCACAUUUUCCUCGGUAUAAGCUGGGAACUCAAAGACGACGUUCCAUUCGACACACUCGAUCUUCUCCGCGAUCCUGCCGUUGCCGCUAAGCAUCUCGAGCUCCAUGAAUCUGGAUCGGGCUUGCAUACGAUUGGCGUCAUCGGCUUCGCAUGGAACAGCUUCGAUAUGUUCGCACCGCAGGACAAGCAGGCCGAUAUAUACGACAAGAUGAAGGACGCUGUCGCAAAGAUCGACGACAAGGCACAUCCUGGAUUGCGGGAGCAGUUCGAGGUUGCGAUGGAGCGGUUCGAGCCCGGCAAGGCUGGCAGCCCCGGAUGCGAAUUCAUCAGCUUCCCCGGCUUCAUGAGUGGGCCCAAUACGCCUGAGCCCGGCAAGCGAUAUGCCAGCAUUCUCGUCGCUAUGAAUCACGGCUUCUCGCGUGGGACUAUCCACUCGACGUCUUCUGACCCGCGCAAGGAUCCGGAGAUAGACGCACACUACUUCGAGCAAAGCUUCGAUCUCAACAUCCACAUUGAGAUGCUGAGGUUUGCGCGCAAGGUGGCGAACACAUCGCCAAUGAAGGAGAUGGUCGUCAAGGAGGUCAAUCCUGGCCUCGAGAUCCAGACUGACGAGCAAUGGGGAGGUAUGGCCAUCUGUUUCCGCGCGAAAGACGAAGGCAGUGCUGACGAGAUGGCUGUAGAUUGGCUGAAAAAGACGUUCAGCACUACUUGGCACACCGCUGGCUCAUGUUCGAUGAUGCCGAGAGAGAAGAACGGCGUCGUUGAUACCAACCUCAAGGUCUACGGCACGAGCAACCUCCGUGUCGUCGACCUGUCUAUCAUCCCGCUGCACUUUGCCUCGCAUUCGCAAUCGACCGUAUACGCCAUUGCAGAGAAGGCUGCUGAUAUCAUCAAGGCUGCAGCCUAGACUGUCGUAGUUCUGCAAGAGUUCUCAGUCGUGCUAUGUAAGGCGUGGGGUGGAAUGUAUGUAUAAUUCGGGUCAAGUAUGUACCGUGGAUCCCGACGAGCAUCUUGCCGCGGCGCAGCGUUGUAAGAUGCCUCGACCAUCUACUAGCUCCUCGGAUCGUCCUUUAACAGCCUCUCGUUGGAUUCUGUUAAUGCGCUCUC